AUGAAAAGACAGAAGGAGGAGAUUCUAACGCAUGUUGACCAUGUACUUCGAAACGGUGGACAAUCGGUCUUCAUCCUGCUAACGCCAGAAGCCCUUAAUCGAGCUGCGAACCUACGAGGAUUCGCUCAAACGGCAGGUUAUCCAGUUACGAUAAUAUUCGAUGAAGCGCACACCAUCCCCAGUUGGGGUUUGGAAUUUAGGGAUGAGUUAAUCACCGUAUCCGAAACCGUAAGAUCCCUCCCAGGCGUUCAGCUGGUCCUGGCAUCGGCGUCCAUCAGCCAUCCAGUUGUAAAUUUCAUCGAGAGAUGUUAUGGAGUCCCUAUGGACAACAUAGUUUCCCAUCUCUACAUACGACCUAAUGUCUCCUACAAAAUUGAAGAAGUUUCUGCGCUCCCGAGAGGCCACAAAAGCGUUGAAAAAUUCGCAGAGUCUUACCCCGACGUAGUCGGAUUCCUUUUAGAUCGGUUCCCCCAAGGCAGUAUAAUUGUCUUUAGCGAGAACAAGAAGCGAGUGAACGCCCUAGCGGCAGGUCUCAAUGGAGCCGGGCUACCAGCAGUCCGGUUCCAUAGUGACCUGCCGCCUAACGUGAAAACGGCAUCACUCGCUUCAUGGUCCGCAGGAGAAGUUAGAAUCAUGAUAGCAACGUCGGCUAUUUCCCUCGGUGUGGACAAUCCACAUUGCGUCGGGACAGUCCACUUAGGCCAUCCAGUAUCCGUGUAUAAUUUCAUCCAAGAGUCGGGAAGGGUUGGCCGUAGACGUCAACCCUCCCUUUGCAUCAUCGUUAAGGAUACCUCGUAUACUUACAACAGAAUGUGCAGUAGGAUUGAACAGCGACAGAAGAAAGCCGGUGACGACAUUGAAGUGCGGCAUAUCCUCGCUGGCAAUUCAGAAAUUCUGGCAUGGGCUGCAACCUGCGGUAGGCGGGUAUGCAUCCCACAGAUGCUUCUGCACUUCGUAAAUCCAAAUGUCGGCGCGGAACCGUGUCAUCGGUGCUCUGUCUGCCAAAGCCCCGCACCGCAACUUCCUUUGCAGGGCUUUGCAAUCGUGCUCAAAGCACUCCUAAAGCGAACGGCCCACUUGCAGGACAAAAGAAAGGGCUGCAUCCUUUCCUUGGCAAAAUUCCUCUCCGCGGCAAAUUGCUCUUUUGCCUCGAGAAAUCAUCUGGAUGAGUACCCGGAACGUUCUGUCUUUCACAACUACGACAUUCCGGUUAUCCUCCAGAUGAUAUCUCUAAUGAUUGCCCACGGAGACAUCAAGCCUCACAUCUCCAUCGAUCCUGACACUUGCUUCCCCACUGACAUCGCCUUCCGCGAGUAA